CUCCAUUCCUUCCCCGCUUUUACUUUAUUUACUCCUCCGUCGCCGGCGUCGUUUUUGCGUUUCGGGAUUGGAAAAUCUCUCCUGCUCUCGCUCGCUCCCUGGCUCGCUUCCCUUUCUCGUGCUGCCUGCCUGCCUGCCUCCCUGUCUCGGGUCGGUUAGGGUUUCCUGCAGAUUUUGGGGGCGAAUCGAUGGACUUCCGAAUCGAAAAUGCGAAGCGUUUUGAGCACACUUUGAGCCGGCUUUAGAGGAGCCCCUUCCCGGAAAAGCUUGGUGCUUUCGAGGGCUCGUGGACCCUCGAGACAUUGCAAUCGGCUGAAAUGGACUCUUUGAUUGGGGGGGAAUUAUUGUUAUUGGGAUCAGGAUGAUUCGCGAUGAUGAAUGGAGCUUGGGAUUUCGAUUUCAAAAAAUAUGUAAAAAAAAAAAAAAAAAUUGGUUUUUUAAGUGAAUGGGAGCCCGGCGUAACGGGACUAUUGCUUGUUUUCGGAGCCUCCGUGUGCAAUGAUUGAUUUUCAUACGUCCAAGUCGUUACCUCUUUCUGGGAUUGGAGAAAAGUCCAGGCCUUUUUCCCUCCUUCUUCCCCUGUUCAGUUUUAUCUGCUAGGCUUUUGGAGCUCUAAUAAAGAUGGCAUUUCGAAAAUAAAAGUCCCGUUCCGCUGGAAAUUCUGGAUGUGCUUCCAGUCUCGACUGCGCUUCCCGUGCGCGUAAAAUUGCAUCUUUCAUUUUCAAGACUAAUUAUUCGUGAGGGGUUUGUGUAGAUGUUUGCGAGUCUGUGGCACUAAAAUGCUCAUGAUAAGUAAAAGAGCAUAUAAAACAGAAAAAGGAAAGAAAAGGAGAGAGGAAGCAAUUGGAAGAGUCCAUUUUGCCCCCACUAAAGGGUAGAAGUUAAUUAUCUGAUACAGGCAUGAAUUUAACCGAAUUUUGAAGUUUCCCACACUAAUUUAGUGCAAGUGAAGUUCAAUUUCAAGCUGCUUUUGAUGAAGUGGCACUUGUUAAAUCUCUGGCUUUGAGAUCUUGCCAUAGUGAACUAGAACAGCGUUGAUUGAAAGUUUUUUAUUGAUGCUUCAGUGAUUGAGAUAGAGAGGCACAUCUUCUUCGGGUAUGCAUUUCCUUGAGUAACUUUUGUUUGCAUCAAGUGCACAGAAGAUCCAAUUUCAGAAGUUAAUUGAUGGAGUCAAUGGAAGCGGCGGUGGUGGAACCCAGUGCAAUCAACCCUGGUCCGAUUGAUGGAUCUGUACUUUAUGAUCAAGAUAAGCAUGUCUCAUCAGCAGUUUGGGAUGGACAGGAGCGUGGUGCACUAAGAUGUCAUGAGCACACAUCAAAGCUGGAUCAAUGGAGACUCACUGUUAAACAGACAGAGUUAGUUGAGAAGGCUGGAUUUGGGUACUUGAGGUUAAUUCCUGCUAUCAGUCUGGACAAUCCGCUUAUCUCUGCUUUAGUUGAGAGAUGGAGGAGAGAGACAAAUACGUUCCACAUGAAUGUUGGAGAGAUGACAGUAACUCUCGAAGAUGUUGCUCUCUUGCUUGGACUUGCGAUUGAUGGAGACCCUGUCAUUGGAAUCACACAUACAUCUUGCAAUGCCGUCUGUGAAAAUUUCCUUGGGAGAGCCCCGGAAGCUGGUUAUGCUAGUGGUGGCAUGGUCAAGUUAAGUUGGUUAAAAGAGUUUUUCUCUGAUUGUCCUGAAGAUGCUCCUUUUGAAGACAUUGAACGCCAUACACGUGCAUACCUGUUAUAUCUGGUAGGAAGCACCAUAUUUUCUACAACUACAGGGAACAAAGUCCCCGUAAUGUACCUGCCAUUAUUCGGAGAUUUUGCCCAAUGUGGAAAAUAUGCUUGGGGUGCAGCAGCACUGGCUUUCUUGUACAGAGCACUGGGGAAUGCUUCUCUUGCUUCUCAGAGUACUAUCAGUGGAUGCUUGACCCUUCUCCAGUGUUGGAGUUAUUACCACUUAAAUAUUGGGCGACCAAAGCUUAAGCAUGAUCCAGCCCAUGAUUGCUUUCCUUACGUACUUCGGUGGAAAGGCAAACAAAUUGGUCCAACGGCCAACCGUGAUGUCAUUUUCUAUCGAAAGGCAUUGGAUGCCUUGAAACCAUGUGAUGUGGAGUGGCGCCCUUAUAUACAUAUGGACAGUAGAGUGAUACCUGAAGAUAUUAAAAGCAGUCUUAGCCUGGGAAGAUCGAAGACAAUGUUGAUAUGUUUUGAUAAGGCUGAAAGACACCUUCCAGAUCGUUGCUUAAGGCAAUGUGGAAAGCCUCAGCAUAUUCCCGAGGAAGUGCCGCAGUGGCAAAGGAAAAAUCGUGGAGUUGAUGGAGGUGUAGAUUUGUCAGGGAAGAUGGAAUUCGAGCUUAAUGAGUGGGUGAAUCGCAGACAUAAUAUUGCGGAAGGUGAUGGUAGCAUAGAUGAGAGUGAAUACAUGGAGUGGUACCUAAAGAUUACUCGUCGAUUUGUGGGCAGGCCCAUCUCACUUUCAUCGGAGUUCCAAAGAACGAAUUCUGGUUUAAGGGACAUAGCCCACAUUGCUGACACAUUCCCGAUAGAUGGUCUAGAUCCCCAGCAGGUAGAAUCAAUUGCAAGGAUCAGGUAUAUUGCCCAUGAAUGUCUGAGGGGCCAGGUUGAAACCCCAGUCAUUGCAUCGGGUAUCGCAAUAACAGAACUUGGUAAGAGGGCACGAGGUAAGGAAAAGGUUAGGAGGAAGAGCUUUGUGAAACGAAAGCACAAGGAUGAACCAAUGGACUGUGAUGGAACCAGUGAAGAUGAUCGGUCACAGUUUCAUGGUGCCAUUGUAAAAGUCGAUGAAUUGCCAUUAGAGCCUACCGAAAUUGACAACACUUCGCAGCUAUGUAAUCUGGGCACAGAGGACCAUUCACAGAUUUGUCUUGUCUCUGUUGAUGGAGAUCAUGUGCAGCUCUGCACCGUUACAGAUGGAGAAGCCAAUCAUCAACAUCCAUUUCAAACUGUUGGUGAACUCACUGAUGUGGAGCCAUUCCAUCAUGGAGUUGAGGAUGGUGGAUCACAGCUUGAUGCCUUAUCUAUGGAAGUUGAGGAAUCACAAUUUUGCAGUGGAAAUAAGGAGGUCCUUGAUCCACAUUGCCAGAAUGCAGUGGAUAGGGCUGAUGACUCACAUUUGGCACAUGUUACUGGUGAUAUUGAAUCACAAACUGCGGUGGAGGUGUGAAAAGCAUCUUCUGUAAUUGCAGAGGCAUCACAAGACUUGAGUUGGGCUUCUCAUGUACUUUCUUAACCACAUUAAAGUGAGGUGAUUUCAGCUGUGAACGUUCUGACACCUGCAAUAAUUUGGUUUGGCCGACCUAUAUAUGUUCUGUGCAAUACCCGAGGUUGAGGUCCUUCAACAGUCUUUGCUGAUAAAUAAAUAUCAGCAUCAGCUUAAUUUGAAUGCCGGGAAAAAGCUCGAGUUUCAGUCUUGAGAGGGUAGUUAUGCUUUCAUUUUUUUUUCCGUUCUUUCAUAAGCUGCUAAGAUUGAUUUACUAAAUGUUAGACAAGCUUUUUGUAGGAGCUUUAGCAGCAUGCAUCUGCUUGUUUUUAUUUUUAACGCAUGCAGAAAGGUUCUGUACAGAACUCUUCUCUUGGCUAGUUGUGGUAGUGUGAUAUAUUUGUAACAUAGGCAUGACCAAGGCAAUCUUCCCUAUUCAUAUUCUGAUAAAUAGAUUCUAAACUAGUGACGAAGAAUAUAUUUUGUUGUCAUUUCAGUUUC